GUACUGGUACCUCAUAUCCAAGGUGCUCAAGCACAACAGCCUUAUCUCCACCCAUCUCCGCGCCCUUCAGAUCAACGACAUGGCUGUUGCCUGAGCUGCCCCAGCCCAGCACGACACCCCAGUGUGGAUCUGAACGACAUCUCUGACUGUCGCUGCUGACCCCAGCCGCCUGCACUCGUGAUGGCUCCCAGGACUCACCUGUAUUCGCCGUAUUGCCCAUAACCGCAUCCCAGCACCCGCCGCUCAUAUACCCUCCGUACCUGUUCCUGCAGCAGGUCUCCCACACCAUGCAGCCCUCCUACCUCCGCCCGUCGUCGCGCACAGCCUCGGCGACCAACAGCCUCCAGACGAACCCUACACGAACGAACAACCAGCGGUACGGCUCGCCAUACUCAGACACCGACCCAUACAGCGAUAGAGGUCCUGAUGACGAGGAAGGCGAUAUGGCUUCAGCGGACCAAAGGAAUAGCCAGAAGGUGAACCAAGUCAUCCAGAACUUCUUCACCAAGGCUGCCCUUACCAUCAUAUCAUCACGAGUCAUACUGCCGCAAGCCUUCAACAAUAGCGGUGGGAUAAGGCAAAACAAAUGGUUCAAUGUUGUGUUAGACGACAGUGAUGUGGUCCAACAAGACCUCGCCGACUGGAAGAACAUGGACGCCGUGGUCGGUCAACACCCUCCUCUUUGCAUCGAGAUAUACUUGGACACGAAAGCGUUGGGACACAAGCAGUCGCUGGUCAUACGUGACGACGACGGAAAGAGAUGGGACGUUGCUCGUGCCCUGGACCACGCCUCUUCAGGCCGCUCCGCCAAAGCAACACAAGUACUGCUCGAGCGCUGGACGAUCAGCGUGGGCGACAAAUCUUCGGUGCACCCUACGGAUCUCAACGAUCCCCUGCCAAACGUUUACAAGAAAGCAGUCGUCUUGUUCCGAGCCCUCUACACCUACAUCCGCUUUAUCCCGGCUUUCAAGUACUACAAGAGUAUUGCCAAGCAACCUGCAAACAACCCUGCGCUGAAGCUAGCCUACCGGAUUACAAACGGCGAUUUCAAGAGCCCUCACGUCGACACCUUACACUUGCCAUUGUACCAGUCUAAAGAACCCGUCAUCGAUCGGCAGGAUUUUGGGCCUUCGCACUCGCCGGUUGGGCCAUUGCGUAUAUCUGUCGAGUACCGUACAAACUGUGAGUUCAGUGUCGAAGACUCCGAGUCAUUGCUAAGCUCGGAGUUCAUGGGCCUGGACAAUACGUACUUUGCUCAGUCACAACGAGGAGCGGUGCCUGGCUCCCUUCCCGUCAAUAAGAUCCACGCGCAAGAAACACCUGACAUUGGACAAGCCUACGGCAGCCUGUCUACAUUCCAUCAAGUCGGGCCACCAACAGGGACGAGUCCCAUCUCUGCUCUCCGUGCCGUGCGAGACAUGCCUUCAUCUUCACCUACUGAAUCGCCGCCACAGAAACUACCGCCAAACCAUCGCACUGCCCAAGGCUCGAAGUCUUCACUGCGAUCUGGUGAUGUUCCGCAAUAUCAGCGACGCACAUCCGUCUCAUUCCAGCCAUUCAAAGCUGGCUCGUUGUCUUCGUCACCUGCUCCAGGUCCCGCAGCACUCCCUUCGCCAGGCAGCUCAUUGGGUCGACCAAGCAGCUCGUUCGGACGUACCGCCACUCCUAAUCCACUGCUUCAGCCUCGCAACCGUACUUCGUUGACUGCGCUUCCCCAACAGGCACUGAGGACACCAUCAUUACCCAAUGAGGCAGUCAUUGUCUCUUCUGCGUCAAGCUCACCACGGCCUGCUCCUAUUAAGUACAGCAGUAGUUUCGGACAUCGAAGAAACCGGUUCUCCACCAGCGGCGGCAGUAAGACAGAGGAUGACAACCUGAGCAGCGGCAAGGGCAGUGUAGCGUCUUCCCUACAGCGUGGCUCGGACGUACUGAAUGGAGGGGAAGGUGGCAGUUCUGGCGAAGUCAAGUCGGACGAUGAUAACAUCUCAGACUUCUUGAAGUUACUCGAGGCCAAAAAAGAGUUGAAGAGCUUCAACCGCAGCGACAACGCCUCGAAGGAAUCCGCCAUGCGUAGGACCACGGCCCAGCUGUCUAAGUAUCAGCGUCUCAAGGAUUCGCAUGCGGCGCUCUCCGACUCUGUCUCCUCUUCCACAAUGCUGCACCGUUCAUCUUCGUCCUCAAGUCGCCAAUUGUCCAGCGUUCCUGCCAUGAUCGCUGGUACAUCAGUGUCCACUGCCUCGUCACCAGGCAAGCCGAUCUCACCACACACCCCACACACUCCCGCCAUCCCAUCUCGUCUCAGUGCAAACAGCAUCAUCGAGUAUGAACCACGGCCGCGACGAAGUCGAUCUUCACGACCGAACCGAGAACAGGACACGGCUGACACACAAGAGCCGAAUGAGGAAGAUGAUCCAAGCACGAAUGCUAUCGACAUCCCCACCUCGCCUCGGCAUUGGGAACGGAACUAUGGCCGCCGAUCCAGCUCGGUUGCUCAGCAAGACCGUAACCUACCUGAAGACGACCCGGACAUAUACGGGCGCGCCGCUAGCCUACCACUCACGGAGAUCGGACGGGCCAAGGAUCUGACACCGAGUGGCCUAUUUGCUCAGACAGAGACAGGCAACAGCACAACACAAGACGACCAGGGUUCUGAGGAGAUUGAUCCCCUUGACCACUGCGCACAACGACCCUCGUCCUCAUCCAACAUGCCCGCUAAGCGUGGCACCUACUCUAGCAGCUCUCGCGGCCGCACAAGCUUCUUCUCCCAUGGUUCGUCGUCGGGUGCUACCAGCUCUACGGAGCGGCCGAAUCGCUACAGCUUCUCGAGUCGCGGACUUGGUCAAGAAGAUGAUGAGCCCCUGCUUUUCCAGAUGAGCGAGAUCGGUGCUGGUGGCUCGCGACGCAGUCUUGAGGAAGCACCGGGGAGCUCCGGCUCUGGAGCUGUGGGGAAGCGAAUGUCGCCUUGGGGCCGCUGAUGAUACAAUACGCGCCCUUGCACUCUUGACAAACGCAUACGCACAUAUCAUCGCCCACACACAUCACGCGACUACAUAACAAGCAACACCAAACCAAAACAACGCAUUUUGCAUACUCUCACCUCCAGGUCAUCGAAUCGGAAUCUGAUCAACUC